AUGUCCUCUGAUAUCUCUCAUGCCCAUCCACAAGCCCUCAUCUUCGAUUUGAUGGGCACUUGUACCGACUGGAUGACCUCCAUCUGCACCGCCCUGUCCCAGUCCCCGUCCCUCGGCCCAUGCCUGGCAGCGAAACAUGCACAAUUCGCCGCGGAUUGGCGCGGAGGGUUCUUCGAUGAGAUUCACGCUCGGUUCCGAUCGGGUGGGGGCUCGGAGGAUAUCGAUGUCACCCAUCGUCGUGUUCUGGAUCGUCUUUUGCAACAAUAUGGGAUUGAUGAUGCCCUCGUAGAUGAGACGGAGAGGGUAGCUAAAUGCACCAGGGUCGUCCUCGCCAAUGGGACUACGCGACUGCAGCUCGAUAUCAUCCGAUCGUCUGGCCUCCCUUUCCAUACCUUAUUCUCUUCGCAGCUUCUAGGGCUCACCAAGCCGGAUCCCGCCGUUUAUCGCAAGGCCCUGGAACUUUUACAACUCUCCCCGCACGAGGCCGCUAUGGUCGCUGCACAUGCCUACGACUUACGAGCAGCAAAGCAAGUGCAUGUUUCCUUCCCAAGGCUCUCUAGUGGCAAUUGUGCGGUCAAAAUGCCCACCGAUUCGUCUUUGCACCAGUACACCUUCUCCAACUGGGGACCGUUGACCACGACCUUUACGCCGCCCGCCUCGUGCACAGGAUACGUCGGACUCGCUCGCACGCAGCAUCCUGCCUCCAUUCAGUGGCUCACCGAUUGCGCCUCUCUCAACACCAAGCAAUGUACGCCCUCGUCGACGGUCGCGAGCUCACCAACGGGCUCUUCGGUCGCCUGGGAUAAUCCGUUGUACGGAUUCCAAGUGCCGUACUACUCACCGGGGAUCUACUGUCCCUCGGGAUGGGCCACGGUCGGCGUGGCCGGACGCGACGGCGACAGCAAACCGAGCCUUUCUGGCAUUUUCACCGGCGGUGCAAACCGGCCGACUGCGGCGAACCUGCCCAUUUUUCACCGAGCGUCGGACGUCUUGGUGCAGCUGCUCGAUCCCAGCGAAACGGCCGUUGUAUGUUGCCCCAGCUCAAUGACCCUCACCACCGACGGCGGCUGCCAUUCCACUCUGCCGGCACAUAGCGUCACGUCGGGUUGUCAACGGCAGUUUCCCAUGGAAGUCCUGACUGAAGUCAACGCCACCUUCACGCAGGGUGACUUCACGGUGACGGGCCUGGCAUGGUCGAUCAACGCGACCUCGCCGAUCACCUCGACGGCGCGAACGACGAUCGCGACCGGCGAUAGUUCGCUCUACGUGGGGGUCAGCGUAGUGGCUCCGCUCACGUUAGUGCACCAGCCCACAGAUACAAAGACCGGCGGCGCGGGGGCGGAGCCGACGCUGGAGACGGAGGAAACGUCUUCUAACGCGGCACCGGGAUCGAGACCCGAGAUGACCAGUCAGGGAGGAAUCAGCGGACUGUUGGGGAUUUGGACGGCGGCGAUGUUUGUGGGCGCGGCGAUGGUGCUGCUAUAG